AUGGCUACUCGAUCGCUGAACUCUUUCGUCUUGAUCGGCUCCGGGGCUGGCAUCGGUCAAUCUGUUGCAGCGCUAUUCGCCUCAAAGAGAUACAGCAAGGUUGCUCUUGUUGCGAGGCGACAGGAGCAACUUGACAUUGACCGCAAGGCUGUUGAAGACACAGCGCCUGGUGUUACAGUUCAUACAUAUGUCACGGACGUUGCAGAUAGACAGCGAUUUUCGGAGACCUUAAACAAAAUCUCUACAGACGUUGGCGUCCCAGAGACUGUCUACUUCAAUGCGGCUAUCAUUCGCCCUACUUCGAUUCUCGAGGAAAAUGAAGAUGAUAUGAUUUACGACUUCAAGAUCACGAACACGGCACUUCUUCACACAGCACAAUGGGCUCUUCCACAGUUGACAAAGCUUGUCAAGUCCGAUGCAUUGGCCAAACCGUCUUUACUAGUGACUGGCACCUGGUUGUCUCGGGACCCUGUUACUCAGAUCUUUACUCUGUCAUUGGUGAAAGCUGCUCAGCGCAACCUCUGUCAGUCUCUGGCUGAGGUUUACGGUCCACAAGGUGUUCACAUCGGGAUGGUACGUGUGAUGGGGAUUGUCGACAAGGCUGCUAAGACCGUGAAUCCCGAAAACAUUGCCGCUCAUGCUUGGGGCCUGUUUAAUGAGCAAAAAGACAAGCAGACCUUUGAGAUUGAAGUGAAUUAG